UUGGCGGCGGCGGCGGGGCCGAGCACCCGGAAGGGCCCGCGACUCGGCCAGCGCAACAGGCGGCCGCUCGGGUGCUGGAACCGCGGCGGACUGGGCCCGCGUGCACUGGGCCCGCGAUGGACAAGCUGAAGAAGGUGCUGAGCGGGCAGGACACCGAGGACCGGGGCGGCCUGUCCGAGGUUGUGGAGGCAACGUCAUUAAGCUCGGGUACCAGAAUAAAAGGCUUUGUUGCCUGUUUUGCUGCAGGAAUUCUCUGCUCGCUGUUGGGAACUUUCCUCCUCUGGGUGCCGAGGAAGGGACUGUACCUCUUCGCAGUGUUUUAUACCUUUGGUAACAUCGCAUCUAUUGGGAGCACUGUCUUCCUCAUGGGACCCAUGAAACAGCUGAAGCGAAUGUUCGAGCCUACGCGUCUGAUUGCAACCAUCCUGGUGCUGCUGUGUUUUGCGCUCACCCUGUGUUCUGCCUUUUGGUGGCACAACAAGGGACUGGCUCUCAUCUUCUGCAUCUUGCAGUCUCUGGCCCUGACGUGGUAUAGCCUUUCCUACAUACCGUUUGCAAGGGAUGCCGUGAAGAAGUGUUUUGCUGUGUGUCUAGCAUAACACACAGCCAGGUUUGCAAAGCAUUGGAAAGCAGGAUGUGGAUGGAAGCUGGCGGACCGGGUUGUAAAUAUCUUCAAAACCUCUGUCUCACAGACACGUGCCUUUUACCCCGCAGCGGUGCGUUGCUUGUGUUCUGAACAUCUGAGGGUUGCUUUUGGGUGUGUUCCCAAGCCCAAAUGUCUGUAGCACAAUAUAAGAGGUGGGUUUGGUAUCUGA